AUGGUUCUGUCGGAGAUCCAGCCAUCUAUGCCGGAACCUGAUAUUCGUUUCGCCAACCUGAGAGGCGUACGGUGGCGCGUGAAUCUCGGUGUUCUCCCCUUUCAAGCUUCUUCCAUCGAUGAUCUUCGCAAAGCGACCGCUGAAUCUCGCAGAAGAUAUGCGUCUUUAAGGAGAAGACUCUUGAUAGAUCCACAUUUGUCUAAAGAUCUACGAAACUCUCCUGAUCUCUCCAUCGACAAUCCCUUAUCUCAAAACCCAGAUAGUACAUGGGGUAGGUUCUUCCGCAACGCUGAGCUAGAGAAAACAUUGGAUCAAGACUUAUCAAGGCUUUAUCCAGAGCAUUGGAGGUAUUUUCAAGCUCCUGGAUGUCAAGGGAUGUUAAGACGUAUCUUACUCUUGUGGUGUCUUAAACAUCCCGAGUAUGGUUAUCGACAAGGAAUGCAUGAGCUUUUGGCUCCUCUGCUUUAUGUACUUCAUGUUGAUGUUGAGCGUCUCUCUGAAGUGCGUAAAAGCUAUGAAGAUCACUUCACCGACAAGUUCGAUGGCUUAUCUUUCGAGGAACGAGACAUUACUUACAACUUCGAUUUCAAGAAGCUUCUUGAGGAUUUCACCGACGAUGAGGUUGGUGGAAUUCACGGGAGUUCGAAGAAGAUAGUGAGCUUAGACGAGCUUGAUCCUGAAAUCAAGUCCAUUGUGAUGCUAAGCGAUGCUUACGGAGCAGAAGGAGAGCUAGGGAUUGUCUUGUCGGAUAAGUUCAUGGAGCAUGAUGCUUACUGUAUGUUUGAUGCUCUCAUGAGUGGAUCUAACGGUUCUGUCUCAAUGGCUGGAUUUUUCGCUUACUCUCCAGCUACCGGUUCCCACACUGGUUUACCUCCGGUUCUUGAGGCCUGCACUGCGUUUUACAAUCUUUUAUCGUUUGUUGAUUCGUCUCUGCAUAGCCAUUUGGUUGAACUCGGAGUUGAGCCUCAGUACUUUGGUCUUCGUUGGUUACGUGUUUUGUUUGGAAGAGAGUUUUUGCUUCAGGAUCUGUUGGUAGUGUGGGAUGAGAUCUUCUCAGCUGAUAAUACUGCGAGAACUGAUAAUGGCACAAGCCAUAGCUUCAUGAUCUUUGAUUCUCCUCGUGGAGCUUUAAUCUCUGGAAUGGCUGUUUCGAUGAUACUUUGUUUGAGAUCUUCUUUGCUCGCUACUGAAAACGCAGCGUCUUGUCUCCAGAGACUACUCAAUCUCCCGGAGAAGAUUGAUGUGAGGAAGGUAAUAGAGAAGGCUAAGUCAUUACAAGCAUUGGCUAUGGAUGAGGAUGUAAGAUCAUCAGCUUUAUCUGUGAACAACGUCUUUGAUCAGAGCAUGAGUCCUGCUAUACCGGCGAGGACUAAUAGCUUUCCUUCGGGAUCCACUUCUCCUAAAUCUCCAUUGAUCAUUACACCACAGAGUUACUGGGAGGAGAAAUGGAGAGUUCUUACCGCCGAGGAAGAGAAAAAGAGUCCUUCAACGCCACCACCGAAGAAAAAGGCAUCAUGGUUCAAGGUGAAGAGGCUUUUCAGAACAGAGUCUGAGCCUACGCAUAGCGCAAAGAUAGAAAGCAAAGCUGGUUUAGCAUCAGUGGCGCGAAACUUGCUGGAAGAUUUUAAUCGGGAGGUUGUUUCUGAACCUGAGGAAGCUAAUGCAGUAGUUGUUGUGAACAAUGAAGAUAGCUCAGCAGCUAAUAGAGUGAACAAUGAAGAUGGUUCAGUUCAAGAAACCGAGGAAGCUAAUAGAGAAGAUGUUAUGAACAAUGAAGAUAGUUCAGUUCAAGAAACCGAGGAAGCUGAUAGAGAACAUGUUGUGAACAAUGAAGAUGGUUCAGUUCAAGAAACCGAGGAAAGAAAUGUGGAUUUUACAUCUGCUGGUGAAGAGAGUAUAGCAGCAGUUGAGGAGACUUCAUCUGAUGUCUUCUCAGAUCCAAACAGUCCACUCAGACAUUCAAACUCCAUAGAGAAUGAUUCAGAUAGCAGCACCGGGUCGAUUCUGUUUGCCAAUGAAAAAGUUGAAGAUCAAGAAACAAGCGCAGUAGACUCACCUCUUCCCGUUUCCUCUCAACCGAGCAUUGAGUUUCCUGUAGCUCAGUGUAAUGACGAAGAGGACACAGCAGAUAAAUCUGUGGCCGUGAGUAAGGAGCGUAACAAGGCUUUACCAGGAAAGUUCCAGUGGUUUUGGAAGUUUGGACGCAAUCUCACUGGCGAGGAGACAAGAUCCAAUGAUGUUGAAAGUAGUAAAAGUGGUUUGGUUAGCUCUUCUGAGUCGCAUUCUUCUCCACAGGCUUCAUCUUCGAGCAGCAAAGGAGAGGCGGAUCAGAAUGUGAUGAAUACUCUAAAGAACCUUGGCAAUUCCAUGCUCGAACACAUUCAGGUGAUGGAGUCUGUUUUCCAGCAAGAACGAGGUCAGGUUCAGGCAGGAUUAAUGGAGAACAUAUCAAAGGCUAACUUGGUCGAAAAGGGACAAGUCACAGCCACGACAGCUCUCAAGGAGCUUCGGAAGAUCAGUAAUCUUUUGAUGGAAAUGCGAUGA